AUGAAGNUUGUCUCUGUGACUGUUUAUUUGGGACCCAUGGUUGUCAAGUUUGCACUCUUAUUAUGGCUUGAUGGUAGUUUGUGAAACAUCAUUUCAUGACUCCUCUGCUUUGAGGGCAUUUGAAUUUGGAAAUACUUCAAUUGGCACCCUCUUCUCCAGACACCAGAAGGUUAUUGGAGUGGUGGAACUGGAUCUGUUUCUAGAUGGCUGUUGACAAUCGUGGACUAAAACUGUAAGUUUGGUUUAUUAGGAUUAUGAAUGAAUCUAUUAGUGAAUGAAUUGGAUCAUUUAACACCUUUCCAUGCCCCAAAAUGAGACACAUCUUGACCUUAUUCACAGAUGCCAUUUUGUCUUCUCACCUCAAAAGGCCUUUCUCUUCAAUCAUUUCUCUUCCCCAACUCGGUUCCACUGUGCACCCUCAUCCACCUGAUUUCCCCUCCCAGCUCCUCACAAUCCUUUCUCAUCCAAAUUGGCAAAACCACCCUUCACUCAACACACUUGUCCCUUCUCUCACACCUUCACAUGUCUCUUGGCUCUUCUCUCACAACCUCCCCCCCAAAACCGCAUUGGGUUUCUUCAAUUGGGUUUCAAACAAACAACCCGGUUUCAGGCACAAUGCAACUUCCUAUGCCUUGUUGCUCACCAUUUUAGUGCGUAAUGGCUCACUGCAUUUCGCUGAGAGUGUUCGCAUCUCAAUGAUUAAGUCCGCAAAAUCUGAAGAAGAUGUGAGGUUUGUGCUUGACUUCUUGAAAAAAUUGGAUUUGGGUGAUGGUGGUGGGAGGUUUACAUUCAAGCUCAAUGUUAAAUGUUAUAAUUUGAUUCUAAUGUCGUUGUCGAAAUUCGGGUUGAUUGAUGAGAUGAGGAUGUUGUACCUAAAGAUGUUGGAUGAUAUGGUUUUGCCAAAUAUUUAUACUUUCAAUACAAUGGUGAAUGGUUAUUGCAAGUUAGGAGAUUUGUCUGAGGCAAAUGUGUAUGUGAAUAAGAUUGUGGAGGCUGGUCUCUCUCUGGAUACGUUCACUUACACUUCUUUGAUCUUGGGCCACUGUAGGAACAAAGAUGUGGAUGGCGCUUACAAGGUGUUUGAGAUUAUGCCGCGUAAGGGUUGUCGAAGGAACGAGGUUUCGUACACGACUCUCAUACAGGGGCUUUGUGAAAUAGGGAGGAUUGGUGAGGCGUUGAAGUUGUUUGCGCAGAUGGGAGAGGAUAAUUGUUCUCCAACUGUUCGAACGUAUACCGUUUUGAUAUGUGCGUUGUGUGAUUUAGGUAGGAAAAUGGAUGCACUGAAACUGUUCGAAGAAAUGAGUGGAAGAGGUUGUGAACCUAAUGCUCAUACUUACACUGUGUUAAUUGAUUGCUACUGUAAGGAAAGUAAUGCUGAUGAUGCCUGGAAAAUACUUAAUCAGAUGUUGAAGAGAGGUUUAGUUCCUAGUGUGGUCACAUUCAAUGCAUUAAUUGAUGGGUACUGUAAAUUGGGAAGAACUGCAGAUGCGUUGCAAAUUUUGAACCUUAUGGAGUCAAAUAAUUGUAAUCCGAAUGCUCGUACAUACAAUGAAUUGAUCUGUGGGUUUUGUAAAGUAAAAGAAGUGCACCGGGCAAUGUGGUUGCUUAAUAAAAUGAUUGAGCGCAACUUAUCACCAACCAUUGUUACAUACAACUCAUUAAUCUAUGGUCAAUGUAAAGCGGGUCAUUUGGAUAGUGCUUAUAGGUUGCUUAACUUGAUAAAGGAAAAUGGCCUUGUUCCUGAUCAGUGGACUUACAGCAUUUUUAUAGAUACUCUCUGCAAACAAGGGAGAGUAGAAGAAGCUCAUAAAUUCUUUAAGUCCUUCAAGGAGAAAGAUCUUAAGGCAAAUGAAGUUAUGUAUACUGUUUUGAUUCAUGGGUAUUGCAAAGUUGGGAAGGUUGAUGAUGCUCAUUCUCUCUUCAAAAUAAUGCUUGCUGAGGAAUGUCUACCAAACACAAUCACUUUCAAUAUCUUGAUUGACAGCUUGUGCACAGAGAAAAAGGUGCAUGAGGCUUUACAGCUUAUGGAUGAAAUGAUAAAAUUGAAUUUAGAUCCCACAGUUGAAAUAUAUACAAAUAUCAUCUCUGAAAUGUUGAAAGAGGGUGACUUUGAUCAUGCUGAUAUGAUUCUUAACAAAAUGAUAUCCUCAGGAUGUAAGCCUGAUGUAUUUACUUAUACGACAUUCGUGCAUGCAUACUGCAGUCAAGGAAGGUUGGAAGAGGCAGAGAAUGUUGUAGCCAAGAUGAAGGAGGACGGAAUCCUUCCUGAUUCAUUGACUUACACAUUUUUAAUUGAUGGAUAUGGGUGCAUGCAAUUGAUUGAUUGCUCCUUUGGUGUUCUCAAGCGAAUGUUUGAUGCUGGCUGUGAGCCAUCUCAUUAUACAUAUGCAUUUCUCUUAAAGCAAUUGGCAAAGAAAAUGCAAACUAUAAAAGAUGGUUGUGCUGUUGAAGGUUCAUUUGUUCCUGGUGUUGUUCCAAAAGGUAUAGCAAGUGUUUGGAAUGUAAUUGAUCUCGAUAUCACAUCUCUACUGUUUGAAAAGAUGGUUGAACAUGGUUGCAAACCUAAUGUCAAUACCUACAGCAAGCUUAUUAUAGGACUCUGCAAGGUGGAUCGCUUGAAUGUGGCAUUUAGAUUAUUGAAUGACAUGCAAGAAGCUGGAAUAUCUCCUAGUGAGAUUGUUUACAAUGAACUUCUUAGCUGUUGCUGCAGGUUGGAAGUGUAUGACAAAGCAUUGAGCAUUUUAGAUGCCAUGGUUGAGAAUGGCUAUUUGGCACAUUUAGAAUCCUACAAGGUUCUUAUUUGCGGGCUAUGUGAUGAAGGGAGAAAAGACAAGGCUAAAUCACUAUUUCAUACUUUGCUUUGUAGUCAGUAUAAUCAUGAUGAAAUGGCUUGGAAAGUUCUGAUUGAUGGUUUACUUAAGAGGGGUUAUAAUGACGAAUACUCAAUGUUUCUGAGUCUCACACAGAAAAUGGGUUGUCAAUUUCAUCCUUCUACAUAUGCAAUGUUGAUCGAUGGACUUGAUGGUACAUAAGAUAGUGGAUAUUUUUAUUGUUUUUGAUUGAUCCUCAUCUACAAUGAAGAGAUUUCCAACUAUUUGUUUAUAAGCUAGCCAAGUUCAAAACAAAUAUCAAAUUCUUUCCAUUCUUCAAAUCAGAAUAUCACCAACACUAGAAGUCAUGUUUUUCAUGAAUAGAGUGGCAGGUUCUUGAAUGCACAGACCAUAGUUAUUUUGACAGCUAGCUGUAUUUGUGGCACUAUCAAAAGCGAUUUGAAGAUCAGGAUGAAAUGAAGGGGCACAUUUAAUUGAGAUUUGAGCAGAGUAUCAGUGGCAUGACUAGUGAUCAGAUGCUUUUCUAAACACCACAAUGUUGCUGAUUUACUUUAGCAGACAUCAACCGCUGUACUCCUAGCUCACUUUCUGAAUUUAAUUUGUUUUGAGGAAAUGUUGCGAUUUUUAAUCUACAAUAGUUACCCUUUAUCCAAUGCUGUGAAGCAGUGACGUAAAGUCUGUUAUGGUUAUUUCUGAUAGCAAAAGUUAUGGUCACAUUUUAUGAAUGUGUUGGCCCAAAUAUUACUUUUUUAUGCUGUAUGUUGAAUUUAUCUAUUUUCUUCUUCUUUCAGUGUCAUAGUUAACAAUGCAGUUAAAAUUUUGAAAGCAUCAAGAGUAGCUGAAGCUACCGGGCUAUGGCAACAAGGUUUGGACCAUGGGUUUUGCCUUUUUGGCUGGUGCCGCUACAGUUGCACACAUCCACAAUCUAACCACCACAGAUGAGUUAACUCUGCCAGUGCCAGUGAUAGAACAGAAGUUGAAGGAAGCCAAGAAGCAAUGUGCAAAAUACGUACUUGAAAGUUUUUUUUUUUUACCCCGAAGAGAGCCAGUUUUCUGAAGCAUGCGAAUCACACCUCACAGGUUUGCAGCCUUUUUUUGCGUUGGAGAAAAGACUUCUCAGCUCAAGGAACACCAAGGUGUACUAAAAGAAUGUCAUUUAUAAAUUAUACUUGAUUGCAGCAGGCACCCUUGAUGCUUGAAGUUGAAAUGUCAUUUAAUAAAUGGUCGUGGAGCACAUCUAACUUGGCGCUCUAAGACUACACAAGAAUUUCUCUCUUCGGGGACGGAGGGAGUUUUUUUUGUCAGGAAAUCUUGGAAAACAGCAAGUUUCCUUCCCUCGUUGUAAUAAUUUCGAUUGAUUCUGUAAAUUUCGAUUAUUAUUAAGAUGCUAUAUUAUUGAUUCCAGUAACGGACCAUUUGUUGCU